AUGCGGAGGGCUUGGCUGUGGAGCCUGCAGGAACCCCCCGAAUCCAGAGCAAGGGUCCACAUGCCCCCUCGGCCUGCGUGUAAAAUGGAGCCUAGAGGAGCUGACCUGGCCCUGCCCAUCAGGCCUGCCCCAGUAACACACCUGGAUUCUCGGCAGGCCCCUAUCCCUGCCGGCAGGAAGGCUCCUCUGGCCUCCACCCAGUCACCAGGUCCGAUGACCUUCUCAGAGCCUUUUGGACCACACUCAACCCUGAGUGCCUCCGGGCCUCCAGAGCCCUUGCUUCCCCUAAAACACCCUGCAUCCCGGCCACAUGUGGUUUUUCCUCCUUCACCACAGCCGCAUGGUCCCCUGACCUCUCUACCUCCACCCGACUCCAGCCUGGCUGGACUUCAGUGUGGCUCCACAACACGCCCCGUCCCCAAGAGCUCCCCUCUACACAGCCAGUUACUGCCUUCUCCAACCAGGGUGAUCUCUGACCUUGGGUGCUCCAGCGAUCCCAUCCAGGAACUCUAUUGCUGGAGGGAGGCUGCCACCACCUGGGGCCUCUCCACCUGUUCACCUGGCAAAUCCCAGCCACAGCAUCUUCCCGACCAGCCCCUAGAGGCUUCCUUCUGGGGAGACCCCACACCCAGGCACGUGGAGGUAGGUGUCUGCACAUUCAUCCACCCUGACGUGCAGAAGCUGCUGGAGGCUCUCAUUGCCAAGAGAGCACUGAUGAAGAUGUGGCAGGGGAAAGAAAGGGAACGGGCCAACCACCCGCAGAUGACAUCACUGGGGAAGGAGUGGGACAUCACGACUUUAGAUCCCUUCUGGAACGUGUCAACUGAACCACAGCAGCUGCCCCGUCCUCAGCAAGUCUCUGACGCCACAGCCGUGGGGAACCACUUGCAGCAGAAAUGCAGCCAGCUUUUCUGGAACCUCCCAUCUUUCAACAGCGAGUCCCUGGUAGCCACAGCCUGGGUUUCUAGCAAGCCUUCCUCACAGAAUGCGCACUCCGUAUCAUUGGAUGAAGCCUCCACUUCUCUUCCAGGUGAACCUGAGGUUGAGGCAUCCUCACAGCUUUCGCAGGCACCGCCCCAGCCCCACCACAUGGCCCAGCCCCAACCUUUCACUCCAGCCUGGCCCCAGUCCCAGCCGCCGCUUUUGGCUGGGAUCCAGACCCAGGCCCACCUCUCACCCCCUGUCCCAAGCCUACCGUGCUCUUCUCCACCCCAUAUUAGGGACUGUGGGGCAUCUUACCCAACAACCCAGGAGAAGACAGAGUCUGUCAUCCCCGCUGGAAAGGAGAAUCUUGAAUGGACCUUGAAGAAGCGACCAAAGUGGAAGAGGGUUUUGCCCUCUCUCCUCCAAAAGUCUCCGGCUGUCCUGAGCCAGCCCACUGCCCACCUCCCCCAGGAGAGGCCAGCCUCCUGGAGCCCCAAGUCAGCCCCCAUCCUUCCCGGGGUUGCCACCAGCCCUGAGCUCCCAGAGCACCGGUGGCAAGGAAGGAGUGCCAUCCACCAGGAGCAGUCCUGUGGCCCUCCCAGCAGAUUCCGGGCAUCUGGGGACCUGCCGCCGCCUGAGGGGGAAUUCCCAGGGAGGCCCCAGAGUCGGGCAGAAGACACGCAGGAGGCCCUUUUGCCCUCCCAGGCUUCUGGAUUUGCAGGGAAGGGCAGGAAGGAUGUGCAGAAGACCGGGUUCAGGAGCUCCGGAAGGUUCUCUGGGAAAGGGUGCUUACGGUCCAAACCAGGGCCAGACCCAAGCCGGGAUCGAGGCUCAGGAAGGACCUCAGUGAAGUUUCUGGAGGAAGACAAGGAGGAGGCGGAAGGUGACAUGUGGAGGCCCUGGAAGUACCAAUCAGUAAAUUCUGCACCCAGGGACCCAGACAAGAAGCAUCUGGAAAACAAGCUGCAAAUCCACCUGGCCAGGAAGGUGGGGGAGAUCAAAGAGGGCUGGAUCCCCGUGCCUGUGCGUCACUCCUGGCUCAUGGUCAAAUGUGCUGUUCCCCAGUCUGACGCCCACAGGAAACCCGGGAAGCUGGCAUCCUGGAGGGGUGGGAAAGCCCACGCGAACACCUCCCGGGAGCUUUCCUUCCUCCAGCCAUGCACCCAGCAGAUGCUGGAAGUGCAUCUUCUAAGGUUCCGUGUGAGACACAGGUGGGGUCCAGACCUCCAGUCCCUGGAGCCCAUAAAUGUCUGGUCAGGUGAGGCUCAGGCCCCGCCCUUCCCACAAUCCACCUUUCCCCCCUGGGCCUCCUGGGAAUCUCGGGACGAAUCUGCAGCCAACGUUCCCAUUCUCCUGGGAAAACGUCCUCAGAACGGUCCGGGAGACAACAGAACAAGAAGCAAGUCAGUCCUGACGGUGAGUGGCGCUCUCGCUUCCGCAGCACCUGAGCAGGAGGAAGCCUAGAGGCCCCUGAGAGGGUCCCAGUCAGCUGACACCCAUGGGCGAUCAGAGGCCUUUCCAAGUCGACAUGAGGACAGGGGGUUUUCUCAGCCCCCCACAUGCAGCCUUGUGGGCAGAACCUGGCAGAGCAGGACUGUCCUGGCAUCCGGGAAACCCAAACCCAGACUAGAGGGGAGUAUGGGUUCAGAAAUGCCUGGGAACGAGGCAAGGUUUGAGAGUGAGAGCAUGUCCCCAGGAGACGUGUGUAGUAGCAGAGCCCUGCAGCUCAGCAUAGGGUCCCAGUGGGCAAGGGCCGAAGACGCCUUGGAGGCACUGAGGGUGGGGGAGGAGAAGCCCCCCGCUUGGGACGUCACCAUGGGAGCCAGUGUGAGGGCAAGUUCAGGAAGCGUUCAGGUGGAUCUGAGGAGCGCGGGGGCUCUGGGGACCACUGAUAACCCCUCAGGGUCUACAAUCUGUGUUGCUCAGGAUCCAGAGCAGCUGCGCCUGAAAGCGCAGGUGGUCAAUGAGAUUGCACUCCUAGUUCAGGUGGAUUCAGUGGAGCAGCCGCCAGGCCGUGCCUCGGGCGUCCUCCUCCAGGAUGGCGCCAUAGAUUUGUGCCUUCCAGGCCGCCACGUGGACAUGCUCCCCAAUGCAGACAGGCUGCCCGUUCAGGCCCCUCUGUCCACCUCCCAGAGUGUGUCCAAUAAGAACACGACGGCUUCUCAGGUGCCAUGGGCCCUCCUAUGGAAAGGAGGGGACAGCCCAGGGCAGCGGGAGCCUGGGAACCCGAAAGCAAAGGCCCCACAGAAGAGUCAGAAGACGCUGGGCUCUGCGGACAAGGGCGAGGCCCGCAGGGACCCAGACCAGGGGAGCAGGACCUCUGAAGCCAGUGGGAGGAGCCACUCUGCUCACACCAGGGAAAUAGGAGACAAACAAGAAAGGAAAUACAACCAGCCUCAGCCGGAGAAAGGAGAGACGCCACCAGAAAGCCACUUCCGAAGAAAGAUUGGUCACCAUCCACGGGGUCUACACCCCAGGAAAACAGGUGCAAGGUGGGAAGACGUCCUGGAGAAAGGCAAGCCUGGGGCAGAUGCUGUCCAGAGCUGGGGGUCUGGCCCAGCAAGGCUGUUUAUGGACUGCAUGGUUGAUGAAGAGGCACCCAGGGCUGCUGCCCGGCCCCCUGGCGGGACUCUGCGGUCAGGAACCACAGGAGGGGACCUAGACCCAGGGUGGGAGGUGGGAGAAGAAUCCGGGAAGACGAACAUAAGUUCGCAAGUGCAGGAUCCACAAGCUGCCCACAGCUGUAACCAGGGUCCUCACAGUCCGGUGAUCAUUACAAGUAAAAGUGGUCAAUGCCACUCCCAGAGCAGAGGGAUCCAGAAGGCAAGGGCUGGCCUGGGUGACACAGCACAUCUAUGGCUCCAAGCCCAGCUGCUGGCAGGGGACACACUGGGCCUCAGAGGAUCUGGUCACAUGGUUCACAGGGAGAGUCCCCACAGGGCACGGUCCUGGGCUCCUCCAUCCUGGUGCUGGGUCCCUCCUGGCCAUCCCCAGGGAAGGCAGGAGCAAAGGCAGGAGCUGGUUCCCCAGAGGGCUCUGCCCAGGGAGAGGUCUGCACAUGCAGGGGUUGUGGAGGCUGAGGACAAGGGGACAGGCCUGUACCCAGGCGUGGCGGGACCCAUGCUGGAGACCUGUUUGGAAAAGGCCCUGGUGUCACUCUGGGCGCCCAGGCUACUGCUGGAGCCAAGUCCUGUCUGGGGUGGUGACCUGGGCAGCUCCAGUGUGGGCCCAACAUCAAUGGGACCCCGGAUCCUGGGACCUGCAGCAGAGGAGCCCCACAGAGACCCCCAUAGAAGAUUCCGAGAGAAACCGAACAACAGAACAGCCUCCUCUGUCAGACGGCGUCCGACUCACAGCGACCCCCCGACCCGCCGGCAGACCCUUCCCCAGAUCACCCGGCCCAACCCCCGUGCUGGUAUAAAGAUGGAUCUGGAUUUACAUAAGCGGCUCCUGCCCUUGAGGACCUCGAUGAUGAGAGGAGACCUCCUGCUGUAUGCUGUAUGCUGUAUGCUGGCCCCUCGUGUGGGUCCUCAGCUUGCUGCUGUCUGCUGA